UCCUAUGUUACUUGUGGUGGGGCUUUAGAUCUGUAAGAGCGUAGCCUGAACAUUUUUGACUUCCCUAUCAAGACUUUGCAAGUUUCACAAUCAGUGAUAUAGUUUCGUCAACAAAGUUUGCAGCCAGAUUUUGCUGUGAUUGAAGUUUGGUCAUAUGGUAAUAGAGAGAUUAGUUAAUUUAUACUAGAGCAGCAAAAAAAGAUGGCACAGAGUUCUGAAAAUGUUCUUCCUACUCUACGAGAUUUCUUCAAUUCCAAAAAGCCAGGGGAAGAAGAUGAGUUUAUGUUUUAUCGGGCGCUUAACUCCUCCUGCAAGAAACCUCCAAAACCGGGAAACAAGCCAAAGGAGAGACACGGUUUCUUCAAUCAGGGAUCCAAGGAGAGAAGCAGAAGGAAUAUAUCAGAUGCUGAAAAGUUUUCAGUGGAGCAAUAUUCUUCUGGUGGUUUUUUCGGGGUACGGUUAAACACGAAUGGGAGACAACAGCAACAACAACAACAACGAUCAACUAAACCUUUAGGCUCAGAGAGGAACAUGGAACCAAGAUUGCAAAAGUCAUUCUCUGCUAGAAUGCAAUUGCCCUUUAUGCCUUCUUCAAAGGGAAGCAAUCAGUAUUCUUCUACUAAUACUUCAAGCUCAACGAGCUGGUUUAGUCGUAUCAAGAAAAUGUCAAAUCCGUUUUCAAAUCGAAAUCCUCUGAUACCGAAAUCAGGUGAAAUCAGCGGAGAAAUGGUCUCAAGAAACAAGUCAUUGAGAAAGUCAUCACCUGUUCAUCUACAUGCUUAUCUCAGUAUAGAAUAUGAACUUGGGAUGCCUGUUUUCACCUUCUCGCUAGACCGCCCGGAUGAUGUAUAUAUGGCCAGUACAAGAAUGGAUGAUAAUGACUCCCGGUUUGUCUAUUCGUUUCGCUAUAUCGGUGGUAGAAGCAAUAAGAAUCUCAGUGAACAGAGGUUGAAUGUUUCAGGUAAAGAAUCUUCACUAAUAGGACAGAUGCAAGUUUCAACUCAGAUCUGCUUAGAGUCAGAACCAUAUGAAGAAGAUCUUGUGGAAUCAACUGUGUCAGAAUUCGUUCUUUUCGACAUUGCACGUGCAAGAAGAAGUGGCUUCAAGCAUGAAAACUUGUCAAGACAGAACAGUUUCAGACGAGGAUUAGACCUGAGUCAAUCAAUAUUCUCAGAGACAGAGAACAGUAUUGCAUCUGAUCUAAGACAUGAAAAGCUUCCAAGGCAGAAUAGUUUCAGCCGAGGAUUGAUGCGUAGUCUAUCAAAACAUUCAGAGAACUCUGCAUCUGAUCCUUGGCCAGCCUCAGAUUUACAUCCGGGACUAGAGAUUGCAGCAAUUGUUAUUCAAGACUCUUCUGCAAACAGCAAACUCUCUAGCCGUGAGAUGAAAGUCAUAGUUCCAACAGGAAACCACGGUUUGCCUGAUACCGAAAACGCAUGUCCUACACCAAUACUGCAAAGAUGGAGAUCAGGUGGAGGCUGUGACUGUAGCGGAUGGGACAUGGGGUGUAACCUAUUUGUACUAGAAUCUCCUGAACUCACCAACAAUCAUCAGGGUUUGGAACUUUACAUAGAGGGUGAGAAGGAGAUCACAGCAGCAAUGACAAUGGCAUUGAUCAGAGAAGGACUUUACGAGGUUAACUUCCACGCAAAGCUCUCAGCGUUACAAGCAUUCUCAGUGUGUAUAUCCGAGCUGCACAGAAGUGAAGUCUCAAGAGGAGAAAUAAGCAACUCUUUGUCUAGAUGCAGUUCACUCAGAGAGCUUAUCGACAUGGAAACUCCGGUGAAUACAAGAGAUGCCCAUUCUUCUUUCAUGCCUAAUGUCACAUUCUCUCCGAUUUCAAGGGUUUAAGACACAUCACAUAGUAAUCAUCUCUAGCUUCUUCCUCUUAUGUGCAUAUAUAGUCAUUAUACAUACCAUACAAAUAAGUUUUAUCAAGAAUCUACCGGAAUGUUAUUAAACUAUAACAUAAAGAAAUGUUUGUUCUU